CGCUUGGAAGCGGGGUCCGGGUGUGUCUGCGGCGGUGAUCCGCCGGGUGACGCUCUCCGAGCCAGCGCUGCCGGGUAGUCAUUAGGGUCCAGGGUUAACGCCCCUCUCCGAGCUCGUGGCGGGCUCGGGCAGACCCUGGGUCACGCUGGGGGGUGGGCGACAGGCCGGCAGCGUGUCCAGCGACAGCGCAGCGUCCGGGGCCUGGUUGUGGGGCGCGGGGGCCACCUAUGGGGUGGGCUGUUGCUGCAGCGCCCCCAGGAAAGCUGCCUUGGCGCAGACCCCUGCACCCCCUAAAAAGCGGCUUGUCGUCGCGCUGGGGCUCCACUGCUGGGGGGAACCCACGGGCCACAGGGGCCGUGUCCUGACCUGGACCUGGGGCUUCCUCUCUCAGGCUGAGAUCUGCGCAGGGUGCGGCCGGAGCUGCGCGUCUCCGAGCGCCCGCCUGUGAGCUUUGCCCCCGCUCCGCGCACGAGUCGCUGCUGCCAGCCCAGUCACACGGCUCGGAGGGGAGCCAAGCUCCGGCUAACCCCCGUGCCCAGGCCGCGAGAGCCCUGCCCCCCGCAGCCUCGCUCCUGGAUCAUCCCCUCAACGUGCCCUCGGGCCUGCCUGGGGCAGCAGCCCAGCCAGGCUUUGGGAAACAGACCCGUGCCUGCUGCCUGCGCCAAGGCUGGCACGAACCGGAGAGGGACGGAAGGGGGGUACUCCCUGACCCCCCGCUCUGGGGCAGGCCAGGGCCAUGCUGGGAGCUCCCAGCAGGGUGCUGUCCUGGGCACAGCUGCGGCCCUGUGGGGGCCUGUGCCCAGGUCUCUCCACAUGCAGGCGGAAGAGCCUGGGGCUCUGUGGGCACACGCAGCCGGCCCCUCGGCCAGGGCGUGCUCAGGGGUGCUGGAGGGGCCCGGUUCACGCCCACGGCAGGAUCUGGGCAGGAGCUCGCUUGUGUGGGCUGAGGCUGAACUGGCCUGGGUGGGAUCCGCAAACCUUCCGGGCUGGGCCCCGUCUCCUGGCCUGCCUAGCGCUGCCCCCGCCCCCCCCCAGCACCUGGGCUGCGUCCCAGCGCACCGGGCCCCGUGGCCUCUGAUCUGGACUCUGCUCCCCUUUGCAGUGGGGGGGCUCAGUAACCUGCUGUACAAAUGCAGCCUCCCGGACCAGAUCCUGAGCGUGGGCGAUGAGCCUCGGCAGGUGCUGCUGCGCAUCUACGGGGCCAUUCUGCAGGGCGUGGACUCGCUGGUUCUGGAGAGCGUGAUGUUUGCCAUCCUGGCAGAGCGGGCGCUGGGGCCGCGGCUCUACGGGGUCUUUCCCCAGGGGCGGCUGGAGCAGUACAUUCCGAGCCGGCGUCUGUGCACAGAGGACCUGCAGGACCCCGACAUCUCCAGGGAGAUAGCAAUGAAGAUGUCCCGCUUCCACGGCAUGGUGAUGCCCUUCAACAAGGAGCCCAAGUGGCUGUUUGGGACCAUGGAACGGACCCUGCUCUCUAGGUACCUGAAGCAGAUUGCCGAGCUCACCUUCCCUCAGGAAGCCCAGCGGAAGAAGUUCAACCAGCUCAAAGCCUAUAACCUGCAGAAGGAAAUGGGGAGCCUCAGGGAGCUGCUGGAGUCCACGCCCUCCCCUGUGGUUUUCUGCCACAAUGAUGUGCAGGAAGGGAACAUCCUGCUGCUGGCUGGGCGUGAGUCGCACCCCAGCGACAAGCUGAUGCUGAUUGACUUUGAAUAUAGCAGCUACAACUACAGGGGCUUUGACAUCGGCAAUCACUUCUGUGAGUGGGUGUAUGACUACACCUACGACACGUGGCCCUUCUACCAGGCCUCCAUGGAGAACUACCCCACGCGUCAGCAGCAGCUGCACUUCAUCCGGCACUACCUGUGGGAGGACUCGGUGCGGUGUGGGGACACCACGCAAGAGGAGCAGGCCCGCAUCGAGGAGGAGAUGCUCACCGAGAUCAGCCGGUUUGCUCUGGCCUCUCACUUCUUUUGGGGCCUCUGGUCCAUCCUGCAGGCGAAGAUCUCCACCAUUGAGUUCGGUUACCUGGAUUACGCGCAGUGCCGUUUCGAGGCCUACUUCCAGCAGAAGGCGCAGUGCCUGUGACCAGCCCGCUCUGCCUGCCCCGCGCUCGCCUGCCUGCUGCCUUAGGACCCCGGCCUCGCCGUGCUGCAGACACGUGGGGCCUGGCUGGAGCAGCAGAGUGGCCCCUCCCCGGCCAAGGGACAGCAGCUGGCAAGGACUCCAAGGGACCAACGCCCCCAGACCAGCCUCCCUUGCCCCCCGGGUGGGGGCGGGGGGGCUGCCCUGGCUGGCCAGUGAGUAGUGGUGGGUUCUGAGGGUCUGGCUCACUCCAGGGCAGGGAUCUCCUUGCAGGGUGUUUGGGGGAAGGGCUGGGCUGUCGGGGCAGGGAAACGGUUAAUGUUCCGGUCUGGGGAGUGAGGGCAUGGGCUGCCCUCCCCUAAUGUGUGAGAGGAUCCACACCCUCUCCAGGGUGGGCUGUGUGGGGCCGGCUCCCCCCGUACUGCCUCUCCCCACUGCCCAUUGUCGGAUGGUUCUGUGUGGACACAGGGGUCCUGCUGAGCAGGUCCCCUCCCUGGAGCAGGAGGGGCUCGGCUCCCCUGGGUUCCCUUCGAGUGCACUGGGGGCUGCACUGGACGUGUGCAGGGGUCUCCGCUCUGGGAGAUGGGGCCUGGGAGCUGAAUGUGCCACACGGGCAUUGGCCUCUGCCCCACGGUUCUGUCCCUGCGUCUCUGCCUCCCCUGGCCUGCGGCGCUACCCAGCUCUGCCGCCCCACCCUUCUGCCCCCGUGCCCUUCCUGCACCCCACUCACCCGCUUCCUUCAGGCGUGGGGGGCCUGGGGCUCCGGCCUGCCGAUGUAAGCUGGGGUCUCCUGGGGCUCAGCGAGCGUGGGCUGCAUGGGGACGACCUGGACGCUCUGCCCCUGCCGCCGGCAGAGACCCUCCUGCUGGCCCCUUUUCUGGAGAAGCAGGGGGUGUUUGUAGGUGUGUGGCCAGCCCGGGAUGCUGCCCCUGCAGGCAGUGCUGGCCUGGCUCCAGCACCGCUCACGGGAUGAAGGUGGCAGCUGCCUGCAAUGGGGGGUGAGCUCUAGCAGGGUCCCCUGCUCCGGCUGGGGGAGUUGGUGGGGGCCACCUCCCGCAGCCCUGCCCCAAAGCUCCUCCCUGCCUGGGCCCUGUGACUGGGGCUCUGCACUCGCUUUCUCUGCCAGUCCCCAGCGCCUGCUGCUGCUGCCCCCUCGGAGCCGAGCCCCUGGCAGGGCCCUCCACUGCCUAGCAAGAGACUGUGAACUCUGCACUCGGACCAAUAAAUGCCUGGCACUGUC